UUUUUUUUCUUACAUUUAACCCCUAUUAUUUUUAAUUAAUAUUAAUAUGCUUGUAAAGAUAGAUUAUUGCAAUAUGUUGGUGAAGAAAGAGUGAAAGACUAUUGUUUUCACUCCAAAAAAAAGACCGUAUUGUUUGAAAUGCGCAUAUAUCAUCAGAUGAGAAACCGAAAAAAGCAAACCAGGCGCUAACUCAUCUGCGAGUCAAGGAUAAAAAUUAGGGUUAGGGUUUAUCAAAUUGAUCAACCAUUUAUAUUGAUAUACAACAAUGGCGAAUCGUACAGACCCAACAGCAAAGAACAUUAGAGGUACAAAUCCACAGAAUUUAAUCGAAAAGAUAGUUCGAUCCAAGAUCUACCAGAACACUUACUGGAAAGAACAAUGCUUUGGUCUUACUGCGGAAACUCUCGUCGACAAAGCUAUGGAGCUCGACCAUGUCGGCGGCACUUUCGGUGGUAAUCGUAAACCUACCCCUUUCUUAUGUCUUGUCAUGAAGAUGCUCCAAAUUCAACCUGAGAAGGAUAUUGUUGUAGAAUUCAUAAAAAAUGAAGAUUAUAAAUAUGUGAGGGUACUUGGGGCCUUCUAUUUACGUCUUACUGGAACCGAUUCUGAUAUCUACUUGUACCUAGAGCCUCUAUACAAUGAUUAUCGAAAGCUGCGGAGGAAGAAGCAGGAUGGGCAGUUUUUGUUGACUCAUGUGGACGAGUUCAUUGAUGAACUUCUCACUAAGGACUAUUCAUGUGACAUUGCUUUGCCUCGCAUUAAGAAAAGAUGGAAUCUUGAGAACAUUGGUGCUCUGGAACCUCGAAGAAGUGCCCUAGAAGAUGAUUUUGAGGAGGAAGAAGAAAAAGAAGAGGAUGAGAUGGAUGUAGAUGUUGAUGAACAUGAAAAGGAUUACCGCGGCAGAAGUCCUGUGAGAGAUAGGGACAGGAGACGUGAUAGUCACAGAAACAGGGAUAGGGACUAUGAUCGUGAUUAUGAUUAUGAUAGAGAACGUGGAAGAGGCAGAGACAGAGACAGAGACAGAGAAAGAGAUAGAGACAGGGACAGGGACAGGGACCGAGAUAGAGAUAGAGACCACAGGGACCGAGACCGAGACCGCGAUCGUUACCGCAUUAGAGAGGAAAGGGAGUAUGACCGCGAUAGAGAGAGAGAAGGGAGGGAAAGAGAUAGGCGUGACAGGGAUCGUGGUAGGCGGAGGAGCCAUUCCAGAAGCCGAAGUAGAAGCAGGGAUCGUAAGGACCGUGAUGGUGACCGUAAGAGGUAUGAAAGGAGUCUUAGCCCUAGACGGCAUGGAGAUGAGGAUAAUGGUGCUCGAGAGGAGACAAAGAAGAAGAAGAAGAAAGAGAAGAAGGACGAUGGAACAGACCAUCCUGAUCCAGAAAUUGCUGCAGCAAACAAACUUCGUGCUGAACUCGGGUUAAAACCAUUGAAAUAGAUUGUAUACCAAGGUUGAAUUUUGGUGGUUUUUAGCUAGCCUGAAAAUGUGCUAUCUAGAUGUUUAUGCCUUGAGAAGUUAAACGAACCCAGCCAUUCAUGUAGAAUUUCUCAAAAUUUUCUAUGUUUUUACCUCUAAUUUUUCUCUGAGUCCGCCUCAACGAUUUGUGGAUAAUUCUUAAAUAUACUCAUCUGUUCCAUUGAGAUUGUAACAUUUCGUAAAUCUAUGUGAAAGCUUUUAAGAGUAAAUGUAGUAAUUCUAAUGAGACGAAAGGAGUAAUAAUUUCUUCAAACUUCAGUUGAUUUUUUGGUCAUCGAUCAAGCCGUCAAUGUUCUCUUUGGUUGUUUUGAACUUUUGGUUGCUGGCAUAAAUGUUGUUAAUGAGAACGAAUAACAUAUU